AUGUCUGCCUCCUCAUUCACCGCUCCCAAGACCCAUGCCAUCCGCAAGCCAGCCGGCUUCCUUGCCCUCGGCCCGGUCCACUCUACGUCCUUCCCAAAGGCACCAGCAUCUCCCAAGCUCUCUCCCACCACCGCCGUCAUUGACGCCGUGGUCGAUGCUCCUCCUCUUUCCCCCACCCAGAAGGCAAUCCACAGAAGCAGCUCCACUUCUUCCGUUGGUAGUGUCGCCGAGAAGCGGCGAUUCCUCAAGCUCGGGCCGCGUCACUGGGGUGGUGCCAUCGGAGAGAAUGACUACGCCAUCGAAGAUUAGUUCAUGAUCCGAUAAAUCCGAACACGGUUCCUUCCUCGUUAUAUAUAUCUCGCUUUUUCAAGGACUGGUUCGGAGGGGGGUGCCUCACACACACUCUCUUUUCUUAUAAAUAUCUUGACGACAUCUUGAUGUCCUUUUUUUUUCCCUCCUUCUUUUCUUUCUGUCCAUCUCAAAUUUCUCCCUCUUUCCUCAAAAGAUAGGGUGUUUGUCGGGGGUUAUCAAGUGUUUGGUGGGGAUACAGGAGUUCAGCCUUUCAUUCAUCUUUUUUCUUCGUCGUUUUGUCUUUUCCAUUGCGUGGAGAGAUCCAUCUUUCUCAUUCCUUGAUCUGAUGGCUCGGUCGGUUUGGAGGUUCUGGGCUGGCGGCUAUCGCAAUGGCUCUCUGUCGGCGUUUUUCUUGUUAUUUAUGUGGUUACUCGUGACGAUGUGUCGGUCUUCUGGUUGUUGUAUCAUAGGGUACGAGUAGUUAUCGGUAGUGGCGCAGGAUGGGUUAUGGUCGCGGUUAGCAAUGGAAGUGCAUUUUGUUUGCUAGAA